AUGAGACAAAUACACGUGUUUGGCUCAUGGAUGACGGCCGUACUCUUAGUGUUCACGAUGCAAGUGUUUGGAAGUUCAAUGUGCCGUCCAACAGAAGUUUGCAAAAAGCGCGGAAGGGGUCUCCGAUGUUUAUGUGCACCGGGAUGGCAUGACGUUAACUGCAUGAUUGACAUAGAUGAAUGUAUAAAUAAUCCAUGUCCGAAUACUGCUAAUUGUAUGAACUCGCAAGGUUCCUACAAAUGUCAAUGCUUACCUGGUUGGAAGGGAGACAAAUGUGACGAGUAUAUCGAUGAGUGUUUGACGAAUCCGUGUCAACACUCGUCAACAUGUACGAAUAAACAAGGGUAUUACAACUGCACUUGCGCACUAGGAUGGAAGGGGGAUAAUUGUGAAGAAGAUAUCAAUGAAUGUGAUAAAAAACCUUGCAAUGUCACAUUAACUUGUGAAAACAGCCCUGGAUCUUUUACCUGUUCUGGAAAACAGAUGGAUUAUAAGGGAAUAUUAUUCGUGGUAUUUGGAAAGGGAAAGGAGUGUCACAGCAGAUCUCAGUCUCGGUCAGUCAACAACCAUAACAAUAGAUCUCAGCCUAGGUCAGUCAACAAUCAUACAACAAUAGAUCUCGGUAUUGGUCAUUCAUCAACCAUAACACCAACAGAACACAGACUCGGUCAACCAACAACCAUAACAACAAGAAAUCUCAGCCUCGUGAAAUCACCAACCAUAACAGCAACAGAUCCCAGCCUCGGUCAAUUAAUAACCAAAACAACCACAGACCUCAGCCAAGGUCAGCCAACAACCAUAACAACAACAAGUCUCAGCCAUUGUUAA